GCUGGAAGGAUCUAUUACAGGGAAAAAAUUGGGAGAAGGCACAGUGUGACCAGACUGCUGCCUGAAGAGAAGACAGCAGAGAACACUGAGGACUGUGAGCAGAGCUUUCUGACUAAGCAGACCUCCCGAGGACAAGAUGUGGAAGAAGUCCACAAAGGUGACCGAUCAAACUGCCACCGGGCAGGCAGUCGGCGGUUCUGAAGGAGUUCAUCCAGACGACAAAGGCAUCAGGAAGAAGUCAAAAGUGCCCGGUGUCACGAUAACACAGUUUAUGGAGGAACUUCCAGAGGGAAUGUCAACUCCAGAUUUCACCCGCAAACCUAUUGCUCUGACUAUCCAGGAGGGUAAAUUUGCAGUCUUUAAAGCCAAAGUAGCGGGCACUCCAACACCAACUGUAUCAUGGAGCAGAGCAAAUGGAGAAAUAUUUUUUCACCCUGAAGUGUGCCUGCAAAAGUAUAACCAGUCAUCUCAAGAACAUACCCUUGAGUUUCCUAAGGUUGCUCCAGAGGAUGCUGAUACCUACAAGUGUUUUGCAACAAAUGAAUACGGAAGGGCUCUCUGCACCGUUGUCUUAAAUGUUAUUGAGGUUGGAUUUUCUAAGACCAGGGAACUUCAAAAAGCACAACGAGAAGAUGCAGCAGAAUUAAGAAAAAAACUUAAAAAAUGUAAUCCUGAUGGAACUUGGAGGCAAAAGUCAAUGGAGCCAGAUGAGAAAGUCUGGGAAAUUCUGCUCAGUGCAGACAAGAAAGACUAUGAGCGGAUCUGUCUUGAGUACGGUAUAACAGACUUCCGUGGCAUGCUGAGGAAACUCAUUAGAAUGAAGAGCGAGAGAGAGAAGGAGAUUGCAGAGUUUAUCAAACACAUCGGUAGACUGAAACAUAUUGAAGUCAAUGAUAAUGGCUAUGCAACAAUUGAGUUGGACAUGGACCUCAAAGAUCCUAGCAGCAAAAUUUUCCUGUACAAGGAUGGCGGCAUGGUUCCAUUCUCCCUAGAAGAUGGCAAGGGGAUGAGGCACAGUUUGAAACAAGUUGACAAGAGAUAUAUAUUCACAAUUAAAAACCUAAUUCCAGAGGACGCUGGUCUCUACUCAGUGGAUGUUGGAAGUGUUAAUGUAUUCUCCACAUAUUUUAAAAUACCUGAAGUUGACUUUGCCUUCAAAAUACAAGAGGUCAAGGCAGAGGAGCGAGAGGACGCCCUCUUUCAAUGUGUCCUGACUGCACCAAUGAAUGAGAUCAAAUGGUUUGGCAAACAGGCUCUGUUGUCAGACUGUGAGAAGUAUAAAAUCAUUGCAUCUGAAGAUAAGCUCAUCCACAAGUUGAUUGUGCAGGACUGUAUGCCUUUGGAUGCUGGUAUAUAUUCUGCUGUGGCAGGAAUCAAUUCCUGCAGUGCCUGGCUAGUGGUUGAAGCUGACAAAGAUGAUGCCAAUAUGGGCAAGAAAGCAGCUCGCAAAACUACCAUGGCUGGAGGCGGUAAUGACGAAGAUCUUAUGAGAAUAGCUAAGGAACAGGGGGAAAGAUACCGGAAAAAAAUGGAAGAAAACAGGACAAUUGCCAAGAAUGCUGCAGAGGCAAGAAAAGCAGCUGUCCAAGCAAAGAAAGAAGCAGCUACAAAGGCAGUAGCUGAGGCCAAAGAUGAGGCUGCAGCAAGGUCAAACAGGGAAGCAGAUGGCAAGGAUGGAGCUGCAGGAAAAGCUAAGACAAAGGACACCAGUGCUGCUGGUGGUGGAGGCUCCACUGCAAAUAGUGCUGAAGGCACAGGUAGUACCAGAGGUGAUGGUGGUGCAUUGGGUGCCUGUGGUGGUGGAACCGAUACUGGCACUGGUAUAGGCAUCAGAGAUGGAGCUGCUAGUGGUGUAGGAGAACAGGCAGGUGCAGCUGGAGAUAGAACUGGAGCCAGAGGAGAAGCUGGAGGCAGAGGUGGGGGUGGAGCUGUAGUUAUAGCCAGAGAUGAAGCUGGGGACAGCGGCAGAAUUGGAAAUGAAGACCGAGUUGGAGCUGGCACUAGAAUUGGAGAUGGAGUUGAAGUGGAAAAGGCAGCUGGAGUUGGAAUUGGAGGUAGAGCUGGCGCUGGCGCUGCAGCAGGAGAGGGAGCUGGGAUUGGACGUAGAGCUGGCACUGGCACUGGAGUGGGAGAGGGAGCUGAAGGUGCAAUUAGAGGUGGAGAUGGAGUGGGAGAGGGAGCGGGAGCUGGAGGUGCAAUUAGAGGUGGAGCUGGAGUUGGAAUUGCAGGUAUAGCUGGAACUGGAUUUGGAGAGGGAGCUGGAGUUGGAAUUGGAGGUAGAGCUGGCGCUGGAACUGUAGCUGGAAUGGGAGAGGGAGCUGGAAUUGGACGCAGAGCUGGCACUGGAGCGGGAGAGAGUGCUGGAGUUGGAAUUGGAGGUGGAGCUGGAGGUGCAAUUAGAGGUGGAGCUGGAGUGGGAGUGGGAGAUGCAGUUGGAAUUGGAGCUUUAGCUGGAACGGGAGCUGGGGUUGGAGUGGGAGAAGGACCUGGAGUUGGAAUUGAAGGUGGAGCUGGUGCUGGAACUGGAGCUGGAAUUGGAGUGGGAGAGGGAGUUGGAAUUAGAGGAAGAGCUGGCACUAGAACUGUAGCUGGAGUGGGAGAGGGAGCUGGAGUUGGAAUUGGAGGUGGAGCUGGAGUGGGAGAAGGAGUUGGAAUUGGUGGUAGAGCUGGCACUGGAACUAUAGCUGGAGUGGGAGAAGGAGCUGGAGUUAGAAUUGGAGGUGGAGCUGGAGUGGCAGAGGGAGGUGGAAUUGGAAUUAGAGGUGGAGUUGGCACUGGAACUGCAGCUGGAAUGGGAGAGGGAGCUGGAGUUGGAAUAGGAGCUGGAAUUGGAGUGGGAGAGGGAGGUGGAAUUGGAGGAAGAGCUGGCACUAGAACUGCAGCUGGAGUGGGAGAGGGAGCUGGAGGUGGAGCUGCAGUGGGAGAAGGAGGUGGAAUUGGAGGUAGAGCUGGCACUAGAACUGCAGCUGAAGUGGGAGAGGGAGCUGGAGUUGGAAUUAGAGGUGGAGCUGGAGUUGGAACUGCAGCUGGAGUGGGAGAGGGAGCUGGAGGUGGAGCUGCAGUGGGAGAAGGAGGUGGAAUUGGAGGUAGAGCUGGCACUAGAACUGCAGCUGAAGUGGGAGAGGGAGCUGGAGUUGGAAUUAGAGGUGGAGCUGGAGUUGGAACUGCAGCUGGAGUGGGAGAGGGAGCUGGAGUUGGAAUAGGAGCUGGAAUUGGAGUGGGAGAGGGAGGUGGAAUUGGAGGAAGAGCUGGCAUUAGAACUGCAGCUGGAGUGGGAGAAGGGGCUGGAGUUGGAAUUGGAGGUGGAGCUGGAGUGGGAGAAGGAGGUAGAAUUGGAGGUAGAGCUGGCGCUAGAACUGUAGCUGGAGUGGGAGAGGGAGCUGGAGAGGGAAUUAGAGGUCGAGCUAUAGAUGGAACUGGAGCUGGAGUUGGAUUUGGAGUUGGAGCUGGAGUAGGAGAGGGAGGUGGAUUUGGAGGUGGAGCUGCAGUGGGAGAAGGAGGUGGAAUUGGAGGUAGAGCUGGCACUAGAACUGUAGCUGGAGUGGGAGAGGGAGCUGGAGAGGGAAUUAGAGGUCGAGCUAUAGAUGGAACUGGAGCUGGAGUUGGAUUUGGAGUUGGAGCUGGAGUAGGAGAGGGAGGUGGAUUUGGAGGUGGAGCUGCAGUGGGAGAAGGAGGUGGAAUUGGAGGUAGAGCUGGCGCUAGAACUGUAGCUGGAGUGGGAGAGGGAGCUGGAGAUGGAAUUAGAGGUGGAGCUAUAGAUGGAACUAGAGCUGGAGUUGGAUUUGGAGGUGGAGCUGGACUGGAGUGGGAGAGGGAGCUGGAGUUGGAAUUAGAGGUGGAGUUGGCACUGGAACUGGAGUGGGAGAGGGAGCUGGACUUGGAAUUAGAGGUGGAGUUGGCACUGGAGCUGGAGUGGGAGAGGGAGCUGGAGUUGCAAUUAGAGGUGGAGUUGGCACUGGAACUGGAGCUGGAGUGGGAGAGGGAGCUGGAGUUGCAAUUAGAGGUGGAGCUGGUGCUGGAACUGGAGCUGGAAUUGGAGUGGGAGAGGGAGCUGGAGUUGGAAUUGGAGCUGGAGUGGGAGAGGGAGCUGGAGUUGGAAUUAGAGGUGGGGUUGGAGAAGAAGCUGGAGACAGCAGUAGGGGUGGAGUUGAAGGCAGUGGUAAAGGUGGAGCUGAAGACAGAGUUGGAGGUGGAGCUGGCACUGGAACUGGAGCUGGAGUUGGAAUUGGAGGAGGAGCUGGAGGUGCAAUUAGAGGUGGAGCUGGAGAAGACACUGGAGGUAGCAGUAGGGGUGGAGUUGGACCCAAAGAUGAAGCUGGAGGCAGACGUAAAGGUGGAGCUGAAGACAGACUUGGAGGUGGAGCUGGCGCAGAAACUGGAGAUGGAUUUGGAACUGGAGCAGGAGCUGGAGCAAGGGGUGGAGCUGAGGCUGAAACCGAAGUUGGAGUGGGAGCUAGAGAUGGUACUGGAGCCAGAGGUGGAGCUGGAGCUGAAGGGGGAACUAGAGCCGAAACUGAAGGUGGAGCUAGAGCUGGAGCCCGAGCUAGAGGGGGAACUAGAGCUGAAGCUGGAGCUGGAGCUGGAGCUAAAGCCGAAGCUAGAGGUGGAGGUGGAGCUGAAGCUGCAGUUGGAGCCAGACUUGGAGAUCCACAAUUUCAAAAACAUGAAAGAACUUAAAACACCUUGUUGUAGAAUCUGUGCAUUAACUAACUUGCUGGUUGAUAAAUCCACAGACCCAGGAGUUCACUUUCAGUCCGGGCUUUCUGACUGCAAAGCCAUUAUCGGAGAAGCAGCAGAGCUGGAGUGUAAACUGAGCAGUGAAGACUCUACAGGAAUCUGGUACAAAGAUGGAAAUGAGAUUAAAUCAUCUGCGGGUAUAACAAUUUCAAAAGAAGGAAGUUUUCACAGGCUGAAAAUUCACAAAGUCUCAGAAAAAUCUGCUGGAAAAUAUAAAUUUGAAGCAGAGGGACAGAAGACAGAAGCCUUGAUUAUUAUUGAAGAUCCUCCCAGAUUUGAUGCAGAGGACCUGAAAGCAUUUAAAACUCCUGUAACUGUAAAAAAAGGACACAAAGCUACCUUCAAAAUAUCUUAUACUGGACAGGAACCUAUAAAGGUUUCUUGGUUCCUUGAGGGUGAAGAGCUUUCAGAUUCAGGAAAUAUAAAGAUAGAGUUUUCAGAGGGUUAUGGUCGUCUGCUUCUAAACAAGCUGCAGCGCAAGGACAGCGGUGAAGUCAAGGUAAAACUCAAAAAUGAGUGUGGUGCAGCUGAGGCCAUCAGCCAGCUUGUUGUUCUAGAUAAACCCACACCUCCGUUGGGACCUCUGGAGAUUGUUGAGGCAACCGCCUCUGCAGCUGAAUUCAAAUGGAGACCCCCAAAAGACAAUGGUGGCUGCAAAAUAAGCAACUAUGUCCUUGAACGACAACAAGUUGGCCGUAACACGUGGAAGAAGAUAGGGCCAAUUGGUCCAGAGGCCCAAUACAGAGACACUAAUGUAGAUCGCGGUAAAAAGUACUGCUAUCGCAUCAGAGCAGAGACUGAAGUGGGCACCAGUGAGCUGAUGGAAACAGAGAACAUUCAAGCCGGUACAAAAGCAUACCCUGGAUCUCCAUCAGCACCAAAGGUCGUCAGUGCCUCCAAGGAAUGCAUCACCCUCUCUUGGUCUCCUCCCUCCGACACCGGAGGAACCAGUAUUCUGGGAUACAAUCUUGAGAAACGCAAGAAGGGCGGCAGCAGCAUGUGGGGGCUAGUCAACCCACAUGAUGAGAUGAUCAGAGCUAAAGAGUUUGCUGUUAAAGAUGUGAUUGAUGGCAUGGAGUACGAAUUCCGUGUAUCAGCAAUCAAUACUUCUGGAGCGGGUGAAUACAGUACACCAUCUGAGUUUGUGUUUGCUAGAGACCCUAAAAAGUCUCCUGGUAAAGUCACUGACUUGAAAGUGACAGAUUCCACAUACACAAGCCUGUCCCUGUCUUGGACCAAACCCAAGCAGACUGAGUAUGAGGAUGAAGCCCAAGGAUAUUUUGUGGAGGUCAGGCCUGCAGAAAGCACAAUAUGGGAACGCUGCAACCUAAAUGCAAUAACUAUGACUUCCUAUACAGUGAAAGGCAUAAAGUCACUGGGCAUGUACUGGGUGAGAGUCAUUGCUGUUAAUAAUGGAGGACAGGGACAGCCACAGGAGCUGGAUAGAUACAUCCUUGCAAUGCCUCCUCCUGUGAGGCCACGAUUUACAGAUUCCAGAACCAAGAGUUUUAUUAUUGUGAAAGCAGGAAAUUCUGCACGAUUCAGCAUUAAGUAUGAGGCCUCGCCUUGGCCUGAGAUCACCUGGCUGAAAGAUGGAAUGCCAGUAACUAAAAACGUAUUAAUCAGCAAUACAGAGACUAUAUCUCAGCUUCUGAUUCCUUCGUCUGAGCGGUCACAUAGUGGAAUCUAUACUAUAAUUAUCAAGAACGCCUUUGGCCAUGCGACAUUCAGCACUGAAAUUAGAGUCACAGAUGAUCCUAAGCCACCAGGUCCCGUGGAGAUUGAGGAAAAAGUGCCUGGUACAGUGACGCUUUCAUGGACCUCAUCUCCAGAUGAAAAACGUGAUGACAGGCUGAAUUACAUGGUGACUAAGUGUGAUUCAGUCAAAGGAAUAUGGCAAACCGUUGCAGAUAACAUCUUCAACAAUAAAUUCACAGACUGCGACAUAAUGCCAGGUCGUGAAUACAAGUUCAGAGUCUAUGCAAAGAAUGAAAUGGGCUCCUCCAAACCCUCUGAGUCACCAAAGUGGCUGAUUUCCACCAAAAAAGAAAAGUUCACCGUGAAAAUGCCAGAAUCAAAGGCCUGUGAUCUACAGUGUCCCCCCAAAUUCCUUGUCCCUUUGAAAAUGCACACUGCUCCUGAUGGCUAUGAAUGCUUCAUGAGCUGUGCUAUAACAGGGGAUCCAACACCACAUGUGACAUGGCUCCGCAACAAUAUCAGCCUGAACACCGACACCAACUACUACAUCUCCAACACAUGUGGAGUAUGCUCUAUGCUCAUAUUGAAAGUUGGAACUAAAGACACCGGAGAGUACAAGGUUGUAGCAGAAAACAAUCUGGGGAGAGCAGAGUGCGCCACUCAACUGUCAGUCAGAGAAUGAACACACUGGAGAUAUUAAAAUGACCCUAAAACCCAAACACAAUCAAAGUUGUUGGAUAUUCACAGGUAGUAUAUGCGUAGUAUAUCUUACGAGUUGAGCCACCUCUGUCAAAUAUAGAAUGCUGCAGUAUUUAAUGUAACCUGUGAUUCCUUUUAAGUUGUUUAUCAUGUGAUUAACAAAUGCCUCUAUAAAGUGGUGGUUACCGCAGUAAUGUCUUAGACAUACAA